AGUGGGUUCACGAAGUAUAUACCUAGUGUUGUCAUCAAUUAAGUGUAUUGUAAGAUUCCUAGUAAUAAAUCAGCGCAAAGAGGAACGCUGAUAAAGCUGAUUAUAAUAUUAUUUUUGCUUGUACACACUUGCACAGUACAGGCGCUCACAGUCAAUCGUCGCGGUAUCGUCGCGUCAAUGUGUUCGAACCUCAAUUAGUACGAGCGUCAGAUUCAGUCCGCGAGACAUAAAGACAUCAUAACAGUCUACCCGUGAUCAGUGCAUACAUUAUUCCACUAAUCAUGACCUUUAAACUCCACUUUUCAAUCAAUUUAUUCACGUGAUUUUAUGCGAAAAACAUGAAGUCACUUCGUGAUUGCUGACGUGCUGUGUAAUUUAAAAAGUGUGUGGAAUUAUUAAAAAUGGAGAAAGGUAGCCGAGGCGUUGUGGAAACGGACGACAAUGAAGAAUGUCCGAAACACCCGAAAUUUUUAUGGCAGCCGUUCUUAAGGCAGUUGUACGUCUGCACUGUAUGUACGUCGAUAUAUUUCGUGUUGGGAUUAUGUUUCGGAGCACCCACCGUCUACAUACCGCAGCUGAGGAAAGAAAUGCAAGCAAACGCCACUGGGUCCCAGCUUACAGACGAUAUGGCAUCUUGGUUGUCUUCUAUUCUCGGCUAUUGCUCCAUGCCAUGGGUGAUUAUCCUACCAAUACUCACGCAUUACAUAGGAAGGAAGAUCCCCUUUCUUAUUGUAACUGUGAUGACACUAGUCAGCUUCAUCGUGUACUACUGCAGCACCAGCCCCGUACACUUGUUAGUCAGUGAGAUACUACAAGGCAUUACUCUUGCGAGUAACAUGACUGUUCUCAUAGUCAUCAUUGUUGAGUACUCCACACCUCGUUAUCGAGGAGUGUUCAUGAUGAUCGAGUCGUCUAUAUUCUUCUGGGGAGUAUGGAUAGCAAAUGUGACUGGCACCUUCAGUCAUUGGAAGAACAUUGCUAUCAUAGCUUUCGUGUGUUGCAUAUACGCAAUGACAGCCAUCAUAAUGCCCGAAUCUCCAUCAUGGCUUGCAAUGCGAGGACGUUUUGAGGAAUGCGCCAGAGCACAUCAUUGGCUAAAAGGAUACGAUCAGGAAUCAGAAGAGGAACUCGAGAAUCUCAUAAAAUCUCAAAAGGAAUAUCGCAGAAAAUGCGCAGCGCGUGUAAAUUCGACUUCCUGGUAUAAGCUAAGAAUCAUCAAAGAAACAGUUACUGCGAAAGGGUUCUAUCAGCCUCUACUGCUAUCUAUGGCUGUAAUGUCAUUGUACCACUUCUCAGGAAAAUUAGUUUGUUCAAUGUACGCCGUAGAUUUGAUCAGUCAAAUAACUUCUAGCGAGUCUGCUGCUUACACUGGAAUGCUUAUUCUGGACGCAGUAACAAUACUUGGCAUGCAGGUUGGUUGUGUUUUAUCAAAGUUAGUAAAUAGACGAACAUUGUUGUUAUCUUCGUCAGCUCUAGGAAUCACGUUUUUGUUUAUAAUUUCAUUGUAUCUGCAUUUAGUUAGUAUAAAAACCAUCGCAGAGAAUAAGAUAAUAUCCAUUGUGUUGUUGACAUCGUUCUCAGUGGCCAUUACUUGUGGACCGAUGAUAAUGCCGUCCACUAUCUUCGGUGAGCUAAUAUUUUUGAGGUACAAAAGUUCAUCGUUGCUUAUACUUACAUUGUUUUCUGAACUACUAAUGGCAACGGUACUUAAACUGUCACCGCAUAUAUUUAAAGCGCUCACAUUGCAAGGCGCUUUCUUGUUCUACGGCAUAUCAGCUUCCAUUUUUGCAUUUAUUUUGUACAAAUAUUUACCUGAAACCAAAGAUAAAACCCUGCAAGAAAUUGAGAAUUAUUUCAGAGAGUCCCAUGAAAUGGCUGAGGAUUCCGCUAAAGCGUUUAUUAAUGAGAAACCGGAUAAUUAUGACACUCAGAAAUGUUAGAAGAUUUUUAUGUUUUCGUAAUUAUAUUUAAUGGCAUUUACUGUGUAAAUAAUAAAAUGUAAUUUAAGUAGGUAUAAUUAAAAUGUUUACAUUGUUUCCU